ACAGCGCGUGUAUGCCGCGGGUGGGAAAAACUACUUCUCCCAUGAUCCCUUGCGUUUGUUGUGUUCCUGUUAGGCGGCCAGUUCAAGUUGCCAUAGCAGAGGAUGGCGGUGCCUUACACUCAUCAUAUACGUUAACCGUCAGUUUUCUGGCCACACGGCCUCCGGCUCAUGGCAGCAUGGACUCCUCCAGUGAAUCUGACACCCAUGACAGACCCCGAGGGCAUCGAUUACGGGUCAGAGAGAGCCGAAUGAGACCUGACAGCAGGUAUCCCAGGGAUACAAAUGUUUCUGAAAUAUCAGAUAAAAUCGAAACUCUGGCAAACACUCUACAGGACACAAGUCGAAACCUAAACAAAGUAGAUCAGAUGUUGGGCCAAUACAGGGAACACACAGAUGACCAAACUGAAGCCAUGGCGACACUGAGGGAGAGCUUAGAGGAAUCCAUCCAACAGCUGCAGGGCCAGCGGCUGAGAAGGUCCAGGGGGGGCCGGAGCGCCUCCCUCUCCACGCUGCACACCAGUGAUCUGGAGGAUGGCAACUCUUCGGAAAGGAGGCGGUACUUGCCCACGUCCCCUCUGAAGGAUUAUGGGAGUGUGGACACAGGUAACAGAAGACGUUCUAGAUCUGUUGCAGUGCGUUUCCAAGACUCGGCUCGAUCUGAAGAGCAGAUUCACUCAUUGCAUCAGUCGCUCAGAGACCUGCUGAGUGAUCAACUUCGAAUGGAGGAUGACAUUGACAGGGAGAUCAGCAGAAGAAACAGGACGGACAUUGAAACCAGGAAAACAUUUGAGAGUCUUGCAGGUCAUAUCCAAGCAUCACAGAGAGAAGAACCUGUCUCGUUACGGGUGGAGAGACGUUUACAAGAGAUCGAGGAUGAGAUGCGCUCUGGGCGACAGGUGCUCUCUGAAAGACGUCACAGAGAGACAGCAAAACACAUGUCUGGAGAACUGCAGGAGGCUUUGAGAAGACAUGACGCCCAGCCCCCGGAGGCUGAUGAGACCUUCAGAAAUAGACUGCAGAGAUCAGAGACGGAGAAAAGCAAGAUGGAGCAGGAGUUGGACAGACUAAGAAGGCAGCUUGACCAGUCAGAGGGUGGACGAGACACUCUUCUCCAGCAGAUGUACGACAUGCGUUCACAGCUCCUGAGAACGGAGAGAGAGCGUGUAGACCUGCAGAGGCAGUUCUCUUUACUGCAGUCUCAGCAGCAGAAGAGCGCAGGAGGACAUCAGGAGAGAGGGGUCACCGGACACGGCCGUGAACGGACAGAGCUAGAGAGAGAGAUUGAAGACCUGAGGGUGCAGCUCGGCAGAAUCGGUGCCUCCAGUGAGGUGGAAGAACUGAGACAAACCGCAGAGCGUAAAGAGAAAGCGAAAAAUCAGCUCGCUUUCAGGGUCGAGGCUCUUUCUGCCGAUCUGGAGCGGCGUGAGCAGCAGCAGUUGAGGAUGUUGGCCCAGCUGAAGGAGAUCCAGUCUCGUUCGGAGGAAAGCGGAGCGGACCGCGCCCGCCUGGAUGCCCAACUCACUGAGAGCGAGAGGAGAAGAGAGGAGCUGCGCUCCAAAGCUCAGGAGGCUAUCCGACAGUGGAAGGCCAAGUGCAGGAGACAGGAGCGAGAGCUUCAGGAACUAAAGGAUGAAAGCAGAUGCGACUCUGAUAAAGCGAGACGGAUUAAAGAGAGAGAAAACGUUCUUAACCAGCAGACGGAAGCAGCACGGCGACAGCUUGCGGACGCUCUCGGACACCUCGCUCAGCGUGAGGAGGACGUACGACGCUGCGACGUGGAUCUCGCUGAAGCUCGUUCGCGUCUCACAGCUUUAGAACAGGAUCUGCGAGAAGCUCGGGAAACCUCCAGAGGCCUAGAAGAGGAGGUGCAGAAACAGAUCUCCCUACAGGGCCGUCUGAGAGAUGAGAACGUCAGGCUACAGGAACGUGUGGAGCUUCUGGAACAGAGGAGGGAUGAGGAGCAGAGAUCUCUGCUGGAUCUUCAGGGCUCGGUCAAGAACCUCAGUGUCGCGAGAGCCGACCUCACCGCCAAAUUGGCCGAAGCGGAGAGCUCCAGGAAGGAGCUGGAAAAACAGCUCGCGGUGGCUCGGGAUGAGAUCUCAUCUCUGGGGAGACAGUUGGAACGGGAGAAGGAGGUGCAUCAGAAGGAGCUGAUACACGUCAGAACGGCCCAUAGCGAGGACAAAGCCAAACAAGACAAGGAUGUACACGACAUGCUGAGAUUAUACCAGCGAGAGCGAGAAGAGCUGGAGGCUCUCGUCGGAGACCUUAAGUCAGAGGCCGUGACGGAUAAUGAACUGCGGAGAGCUUUACAGCUGAAGCUGGACAAGAUGAAGACAGAAUGUGACAAACUGACAGAGCAGCUGAGCACCAGCGAGGAGAGUCACGCCCAGCUCCUCCGCAAAUACCACAACUUCAGAAAAGAGCUGGACGUGAAGGUAAAGCUGGCAGAGAGGGCUGAGGAGAAAAGACAAACUGCAGAGGACUCGACGGCGGAGCUGCGUGAGAGGGUCACGGGCCUCCAGACGGAGCAGGAGUCCAUCCUUCACGCCAUAGGGGCUCAGAUUGACUCAGCCUGCCAGUUCCUGUCAAAAGACUCCGACGCCAAGCUUCAAGCUAUUACACUAACUCCAGGACUGCAGAAGGAUCCUCAUCGCUGGCUCGCUGAGGCUAAGACUGAUGGAAACAUCUUCCAGCUCUCAGGGACUUAUCUCACGUUUGAUCAGACGAAGCUCCACUGGCUUUGUGAGGAGGUGCGUGAGCGGGAGGCGAUGGACAGGAGGCUAAAGAGGACGCUACAGCAGCAGAAGGAGCAAACAAAAACUUUGAAACAAAGCAGAGACUCCGAACAGCAGAGCCUCCUGGACCGUAUUACCCAGCAGGACCGGCUCCUUCAAGACAUCCAAUCAGAGAAGAGAGAUCUUCUUGAGAAAAGCCGCAGGAGAGAAGAGGAAGUGAGACAUCUUCAGGAUCGAAUUGCUGAUCUUGAAACGAGCACCAGGCUGGCCUUGGAUCAUUUGGAGUCGGUUCCUGAGAAACUCAGUCUGCUGGAGAACUUCAAGGAUCUUGAGGAGUCACAGAGGCAGAGAGAAAUGGUGGAGCAACGUUACGCCAAAUAUAAAGAAAUAGUCGGGAACCUCCAGCAUCAGCUUGAGGAAUCUAAGAGGAGGAUUCAGGAGUACAGGGAUGACAAGUUGGAUGCUGCGUGUCGCAGUCUUAAUCUUACUGGUUUGACAUCAUCCCUGCGCAGCCAAAGUAAUUUCAUGACCAGCACCACACUGUCUAACUCUACCUCUCCGCACAAAUAUCUUGGCAGUGCAGAUUUGGACAGCAGUGUCACACAACAGCACUAUUCCCCUGUCAACGGAGCAACCUCUGAAAACACCAGCAUGUAGCAUCAUGUGCACUACACUACCUCAAAUGCACUGAUGCCCACAAAAGCCUUACACUCAGACCUGUCGCUGUCACUGAGAAGACGUGUGUAGUGCUUUGAGUUGAUCAUUAUCUACUGUGUCAUUACACAGUUCUUAUGUAGUGUCUGUAUGACACAGUCCGCUUUCGGUUCAUUGAGACAAUUUCUGCUUAACUUUAUAUGUUGUAACUGUGUAAGAUCUUAUUUUCAUCAGAUCAUUAGAAUAUGGUGCUUCUAACACUGUGGUAUUAACUUGAAAUAUUCAGAGAAAACACUAACUAUAAUACCAUAUAGUAUACGAUAUUAUAGUCAUGUUUUAUAUUUAUUUUAUGAUUUUUAUCCAGAUAUACUGUAUUGUCAUCAUUACUGUAAUGAAGCAAUAGUUUUAGACCAAUGCGGACAAACUAUUUUCAUUUGAAUAUUGAUUAUAUGAUAGUUUUUCAGUUUUUAUACAGUAAAUUUGGUAAAUCAUAAUUUGCUUAAGUACAGUGCCUUUUUGUAUGCAUUUGUAUUUUAUACAUUUUAUUUAUGCUAUAUACCAUUUUUACAAUAAUAAUGAACAAAUGAAUGUUUUUUAAUUGUUGCAGAAAAUCACUAAAGCACACUAUUCUAGUUUGUUUCAUUAAGGGAUAAAAAAUGCAGACAAGCCCACUGGUAUGGGACUGGUGUUCUGACCUUGUUUACCCAGUUUACCUGUAUGAUGUGAAUGUCAAACCAAUUAAAAACAUGAUCCCUGAUACCUAAUUGUUUUGUGAUUUAAGAUGAAAAGCCCGUAAGAGAACCAUCACAGAUCAUUUUAAUUUCCUCGGUUUUCUCUUAGACAUGAAUGAGAUUAAAUAGAGAACGAAUAGAAUGUUUGUUUUAAAUCUCGGAUAUUUCUGCUUGGAAAAGACUUACAAAUCUCACAAAUGUCUCUAGAAGAGAUCUUGGCAAUGUGUCAGACUGAGCUCAGAUUUGUCGAGUCUGCAAUCAAUAUUCAAUAUUAUUGAAGAUCUCAAUAUGAACUCAAACAUUUCUCUCAUCAAAUGUACUCAAAUCCAGAUUAUUUUACCUCUGUAAUCUACAUUUAUUUUACACGCCCACAAUCUUCAUGGAUUUUAACCAUUACAGCCUCAUUUGUUUCUUUUUUUUUAUUUUAACCAAGCAAUUUUAGGAUAAACAUCUGAUGCAAAGUGGAUACUUACUUGAAACACAACAGUGACAUUUCUAAGCUAUAAAAAGCAACAUCUGGAAUAUUUUCCAUAUUAUGAUCUGUCUCAAUAUACAACAUUGGGUGAUCAGAAGAUGGGUUGCAUUCGUAUGUACAAAAAGCUACGUGUCCAUGUGUGCACAUUCCAGAAGUAAUAAUAAAACUUACAUUUAUACACAAACUUUCAUCCGUCUGUCAUUUCUUUUCAGACCCGUUUAGUGACUUUUUUGUUUUGUUUUCCAGUACAAAUAUCGAAACUUUCCUAAAAC